UGAUUUGGGUAGCAGUAUCCCAAAGCUUUGUGGUGCACCAGUUGCUUCUCCACAUAGCCAGACAAAUAAAUUUGCCGGAGGAUGAAAAACAAAGUCACGUAAAUGUGGAGGAGGUGAGAGAUAACAUCCGUAGGCACCUGCAAGGAAGCCGAUGUUUACUUGUUCUGGAUGAUGUGUGGGACAAACAUGCUUUGGGAUCCAUUGGCUUUCCAUUGGAGGGCAGAAGUAAAGCAAUGCUUUCAACGCGGGACAGGAAAGUUUUAGAAAAUGUGGGAGCUCACCGCAUCCAUCACAUGGACUAUUUGUCUGAAGAAAACAGUUGGAGAUUGUUCUGCAUACAUGCGUUCCCUGAAGAUCACAAUCACAGUCCGCCAGAGGAGUUGGAGAAGGUGGCCCGUGCAAUUGAAAGAAAAUGCUCCAGAUUGCCGCUGGCAGUGAAGACAGUAGCAGCAUCUAUGGCAAGCGUCAAGCAACUUCCUAAUGAAUGGGAAUCCACGUUGUACAGGCUAAACAAAAUUAGCACAAUCAAGGACGACAUUCUGCCAAUCCUGACGUUAAGUUAUGAUGCCCUGCCUGGUUAUCUAAAGCCUUGUUUUCUUUUCUGUUCUGCUUAUCCAGAAGAUGCUAUAAUGAGUUGUAAAUAUCUUGUACUAGCAUGGAUUGCCCAAGGAUUUGUUAAUCCUGAAGAAAGAGAAGACUCGUAUGAGCUAGGAUUCUCUUAUCUAAAUGAACUGGUUGAUCGUUGUAUGAUUGAAUUUGUUCCCUAUGAUGGGAACGAUUACAUCAUUAAGUACUGCAAAAUGCAUGAUCUAUUACACGAUUUGGCUUUUUCAGAAUCUCAGGGCCAAACGAGAUGUUUGUUUCAGGCUGGAAAAAAUGUGGAAAAGUUCCCCGUACAAAAGUGCCACGGCUUACGAAGGAUUUCUUUGAUUAAAAACAAAAUAACUAGUAUUGACCAAACCAUCCGUUCUCCUGGGCUCCUCUCCUGGCUUCUGUGGAACAAUCUUCAUCUCAAAUUAAUAUGCGAAGAUUUUUUCGAAAAAAUGAGGCAUUUGAGCGUGUUAGACUUAAGCCAGACUUCCAUCAAAUCAUUACCCAAGUCUAUUGCCAAGUUAAAACAUUUGAAGCUCCUCAAUUUAUCGAGAACAGACAUUGAAAAGCUUCACAGAUGGUUUUGUGGGCUCUCAAAUCUCCAGUCGCUCGAUGUUAGUUGCUGUGAAAAACUGAAAAAUCUGCAUUCAGACAUGACCAAACAUCAGUAUUUGCUGCAGCUAAAUGUGGCAGGUUGCAAGAACUUGGCUUGGGUCCCUGUGGGAAUAUCCAAGCUUGUCUCUCUACGACUGUUGGGACAAGUUGUAUUCAAGUUGAGAGAAAACGCACCGAAUGCAUUGCAGUUGAGGGAUAUCAAAGACUUGACUCGGCUCCAAUAUCUCUCAAUUGCAUUCAACGGUCGCUCAAACUCCCAAAACAUAAUAGAGGGGAUAUUUGGAGGCAUGGAGGAUAUGCGAAAUUUGUUCAUCGAGAAUUCUGAUGAGAAUUCCCUUGUUCAGCUUCCCGAGGACAUGGCAGCCAUGAGACGACUGGAGAUUCUUCACCUUCACAAUUGCGUGGUACCCUCAUGGAUCUCUCAACUUCACAAUCUCAUGAUUCUUUUCUUGAAGGGAGAUGAUUCUGAUAAUGACUAG